AUGACGGACAAUCAACCCUCCCCCGAUUACUCCCGCCCACAGUUUCCUGCCCAUAGCGAACCGCGAGUAUGGGUUCUCACUGCAGGAGACUCACCCAUUGGGAUAUCGGUUACCCGCCAGAUUCUUAUGCACGGUGACUAUGCGUUAGUUGGACUGGCACAUACAUACUUGGACCGGGACGAAUGCCGUCGCGAGGAGUUUGGGGCCUUCCUGGCUGAAGUUGAGAGUCACCACGAUGAAGGAUGGGCGCAGCGCUUCAAGACAGUUCCUUUGGAUAUCAGAAUGAUAGGGCAAUGUCAAGCCAUGGUCGCCGAGGCAGUCGCAUCAUUCGGCAAGGUAGACAUUCUACUCUGCUGUACUAGCCAAAAAGCCCUGAUCGGGACGGUAGAGGAGCUUGCAGCUUCUCAGCAAACUUUGAACUUGGUCAGGGACCAGUUUGAAACCAAUUACUUCGGCCCUCUGAACAUUAUCAAAGCAACGCUGCCUCACAUGAGGAGGCAGAAAUCCGGCCAUAUCAUGAUUCUUUCUGGCAUUACUGCCCACAUUGGUACACCCGGCCUUGGGAUGUACUCCGCCGCUGGCUGGGCCCUGGAGGGAUUUUGCGACAGCCUCGCGUACGAAAUCGCUCCGUUUAACGUGAAGCUCACAAUCUUCCAAUGCAGCAUCGAAAUUGGUAUCCUGACAAACUUGAUCACCAGUGUGCCUCCGAUAGUUCCAGCGUACUCUCCUGCUAUCAAUCAUGCCCCUUUGUUCCGUGGUAUAUUGAACAGACUGAUUCCUCGUCUGCCCAACCAACAGACCCAGGACACGGAGAAUGGUUACCAAAAUUCAAAUCAAGCCAGCUCUGCUGCAGAAGGGCCCUUUUCCGCCCCCAAAGUUUUCUCCAUGUAUCCACCACUAAGUUCCGCACAUAUGGAAGUCUUGGUUGAAGAGACUGUGUACGCUAUCACAGCCAUCGGUGGUCAUGAGAACCCACCUUCACGUCACAUAGUGGGACAAGAAGGUGUCGCGAGCGUCAAAGAAAAGCUCAAAACCGUUAGCGAAGAAAUGGAGGAUUUCAUCCAAGCAAGCUUCGCUGUUGAUUACGCUGCUGACGGUGGCCCAGGUCCGUCCAAGGAAGAUAAUAUGGCCUUGGGGGGCAAACCACAAUGA